UUGCAGCUCUAAUGAAUGCACAGUCCCGAGGCCAACACUGGAAAGCACAAGUGGAAAAACCCCAAAUGGUACAGUGCCACUGGAUCCACACGCUGUGCAAACAUGGCAACCCGGUGGGGAAUCUGCAGCGCGGGCAAGAUCAGUCACGACUUCAUGGUGGCCCUGAAAACUCUUCCACCUGAAGACCACCAGGCUGUGGCUGUUGCCGCCCGGCGACUGGAUGAUGCGAAGCAGUUUGCAAAGACGCAUAGCAUCCCUCGAGCGUAUGGAACCUACGAGGAGCUGGCCAGGGAUCCAAACAUCGAUGUGAUAUACAUCGGCACCAUCCAGACCAACCAUCUGAGCUCCUGCUUGCUCUUCUUGAACGCCAAGAAGCCUGUCUUGUGUGAGAAGUCUCUGGCCAUGACCACCAAGGAGGUGAAGGAGAUCCUGGCCUGUGCCAAGAAGAACAACGUCUUCCUCAUGGAGGCCAUCUGGAGCCGAUUCUACCCGGCCUACAGAGAGAUCCGGCGGGUGCUGGCCCAGGGCGAGAUCGGCGAAGUGAGGAUGGUGAGGUCCGAGUUCGGCUUGUCCGUGCUGCCUCUGCCAAGGUUGGAGCUGAAGGAGCUGGGAGGAGGAGCCCUGCUAGACAUCGGCAUCUACCCGCUGCAAUUCUCCAUGAUGAUAUAUGGAGAGAGGCCUCAGAGCAUCCAGACCAUGGGGAAGUGCCUGCCUACUGGAGUGGAUGAGACCUUGGUGGUCACGAUGAAGUUCUCCAACGACAGGUUGGCUGUCUUCACAAGCUCCUCGGGACUGCAGCUCGCCAAUGAUGCCAUUAUAGUGGGCACCAACGGGUUAAUCCGGAUCCCAUCGCACAUGUGGUGCCCUGAGACCAUAGUGGUGAACGGCAAGGAGAGCAAUUACCCUCUACCGGAACCCUACUUGCCCGUCAACUUUGUCCACAGCACGGGGCUGCGCUACGAAGCAGAGGAGGUCCGACAGUGUUUGCUCAAAGGUAUGAAGGAGAGUCCCCACAUGUCUCACGCAGAGUCUCUUCUACUGGCUGAACUCAAAGAGGAAAUCCUCAAACAAGUCGGGGUGGUUUACGACUAGAGCUAACUUGUACUUUCCGGAGGUGUCAAUGUCUAACACUUCUGGAUGUUGUACUGAUUGGAAUAAAAACACUUGCCCAAUGA